UCUGGUUCUUGGAAUCGAAGCUGGUUAUGAGUCACUGAAGUACAACCUAACCUUCUGAGACUUGACAUAGGAACAACAAGAUGUUGGCACUCUGCUUCCUGGGGUUACUCUCCAUUACAUCAGCAGAUGUAGUUCCUGUAACCAUUGGCAACCACUGGGGUGGUGGUUUUCAAGGACAGUUUUGUUUACCUUUUGAUCAUGACGUGUCUUCUUGGAGAGCUCGUUUGGAGAUCAGCGAGCCUACGUCGUCGCUUGAAGUGUGGCUAGCUGACAUAGAGUCCCACAGUGCUGAUGGUAAAGAGUACGUGCUGGUCAACAAGCCCUUCAACGGGGUGGAACACACGGGAGAUAAACUAUGUAUCGACUUCGUUGGUCAUGCUAGCGGCGACAUCACGCCGACAGUCAACGUCAUCUUUGGUAAAAUGCCUGAUACUACAACAAAACCUUCAACAACACCAAUGUCCACGACCCCAACUACGCCCACCACGCCUACAACAACGGUGACACUGGCACCAGGAGAGACCUGGCCACCAAUCACACUUCCACCUGCACCAACAGCUGGUCUAAAACCAGAACACGUGGGUCACAACCUGACCGCCCCCCUAACUGUGAUCACUCACCGUGGGGACAUGUGGGAGGGGCAGGUUUGUUUCGACCUGAAGGAUGAGAUCGUGGCGUGGGAGCUGGUUCUGGUCUUCACCUCGGAUGUGAAGGGAAUCUCCACGUCAGAGGGGGAUGUGUUGGGAGACUCGUCGUCGUGCGGCAAGCGCUUCACCAUGGUCAACCACGACUACAUGGGUAUCCACUAUGGAGGAGCUCAGUACUGUAUCAAGAUGUCUGGCAACGUCUGUGGUGGCGGCGUUCCGGCAGGAACUGGGGUUCUUGUGGACGUCACCAACGACGGACAAACGCUGCCACAUCUUCCCGUGAUAACAGGUGCCCAGAAAACCAAGUACAACUACGGUGAGAUCCUGAUGAAGUCCAUCUUGUUCUACGAGGCUCAGAGAUCCGGGAAACUCCCCCCUGACAACAGGAUCCCCUGGAGGGGGGACUCCGCCCUUAACGACAAGGGGGCCAACGGGGAAGACCUCACGGGGGGAUGGUAUGAUGCUGGCGAUAACGUCAAAUUCAACUUCCCCAUGGCGUUCAGCACGACCCUCCUGACGUGGAGUCUCAUCAGGUACAAGGACGCCUACGAGAAGACGGGUCAACUGGAGAAGAUGUAUGAAUGCAUCAAGUGGCCUCUGGACUACUUCAUCAAGUGCCACACCAAGCCUAACGAACUCUACGCACAGGUUGGAAACGGCGGGUCAGACCAUGGAACAUGGACCAGUCCCGAGCGCAUGACAGAACCGAGACCAGCCUACAAAAUCGACGCCUCCAAGCCUGGAUCCGACCUCGCAAUGGAGACAGCUGCUGCCAUGGCCGCCGGUUCCAUCGCCUUCAAGAUAAAAGACCCCGCCUACUCGGCCACCCUGCUGAAACACGCCCAGCAGCUGUUUGAGUUCGCCAAAGCUCACCAGGGCAAGUACAGUGCCAGCGUCUCAGCGGCUGCCGGCUUUUACACCUCCCAGUCAGAUGCUGACGAGAACAGCUGGGGCGGGAUGUGGCUGCACAAGGCCACAGGGGACAAGCAGUAUCUGGACUACGCCGAGCAACACUUCCUGAACAAGUCCGCUUGGGGCUUCUCCUGGGACGAGAAGAUAGAUGGCGCUAACGUACUGAUGUACGAGGCGACAAAGAAAGACCUGUACAAGAGUCACAUAGAAGACACGUUCAAGAUGUGGUUUCCUGGGGGCAAGGAGAUCGUGUAUAGCCCCAAGUGCAUGGCGUUCAGACUGGAGUGGGGGGCACUUCGGUAUGCUUCUAACACCGCCUUCAUCGCACUGGUCGCCGCUGAUGACGGCAUCAACACCGAGUUGUACCGGAAGUGGGCGAUGACACAGCUCCACUACGUCUACGGCGACACUGGAAGAAGCUACAUUGUUGGCUACGGAGUGAACCCUCCAAAGAAUCCACAUCAUAGGGCCAGCUCAUGCCCUAUGUUGCCGGCCCCGUGCACCUGGGAGUCUCAGACCAACAAGGGGCCCAAUCCCCACACGCUGUACGGCGCAAUGGUGGGCGGCCCCGGCAAAGACGACAGCUACACCGACGACAGAAAAGACUACGUCAAAAACGAGGUGGCGUGCGAUUACAACGCCGGCAUGCACGCCUCGACAGCAGCGUUGGAGCAUUUGUCCCUGGUUCAACAGCUCCCUACAACGUACAGGGAAAUAUGUCCGUGAGACCAGCAGCUUCGUAAUUAAAUGUCAAGAAAAACGCA